UAUGGUAUCAUAAAAAGCCAUAUUAUGUUGUUCGUUUUGCUUCUGUUAAACUUGAUUGUCGUGACAUCAACCACUGAUAGUUGGCAUCAACUUGAUGGCAUCGAAUAUUACAUUGAGUAUUCAAAUAGAACAACACUAGGAGUUACACAAGCGAAGAAUAACUGUGCUUUAAUGGGCGCUAUUCUAACUGUUGUUAAUUCUCAACGGAUUCAAGAAUUUUUAGUGGAAAAUAUAAACAGUUCAAAACUAAGAGUUGCGUCUUAUUCUUUUUACAUUGGUUUGAGUUGGAUUAACAAUACUACAUUACAAUGGUCGGAUGGAACAGUGGUUACUUUGUCAUCAGGAUAUACGAAUUGGAACAGCAGUAAUGAGACCGUCUAUAAUUCCAGGAAUCUGUGUGUUACGAUGGGAUGGCAUGCCCGUUUAAUUGAUGGCUUUAAAUGGAAAAGUGUAUUUUGCAACGAAAUACAUCAUUAUAUUUGCCAAAAAAACAAUAAAACAACGACAAUAGCUACAACAUCAAAAAGACAAAUUACUGUUCAACCAAGCACAAUUGAAACUUCAACUAAAGCUACAACACACAAGUCUGGUACAAGUGUGAUUGGUUAUGCCAUGAUUAGUGUUGGAGCAAUCGUUGUCAUCGUCAUAUGUGGAACAAUCUACAUCAAGUAUCAAAGAUGUAAUAGGAAUACGGCUCGAAACAAUUCUUUCUCGAAUGAAGACGAUGGACGUGUCGUUCGUGACAACGUGGUGUACGGCCGAGCUCCAGAACACGUCCAAAACCAAGUCGAUCCUGUGUAUAGCUGAGAAAAUUUUAAGGAAACGUGGUCCCAAAUAUUGAGUAGCACUGUAUUACGCAUGGUACCGUGGGGUAAGAUGGGAUACUGUUAGAACACAUAUUUCCUGAUCGUGAUUUGAACAAUUAUCUUGUACACUCAAAAAGAAUCGAUUAUAUAAUUUUGUAAAUAAUCUUUGUUUAAUACCAAAUGAAGCGAUAAAAGAGAAUUUAAUCACUGAACAUUUUACCAACGCGAACUUAAUGAGAGUAUAUCGCACGUUGCUAUGGAUAAGCUGCUGUUGAAAACGACAACCACAAAUAAGUUGUGCUUCAUUUAAGCUCUUGUUUAUAUCAUGAUACACUUUCCGCCAGAACGUACGUUUAUUUGACCCUUUUUUUACUGAGAUAUCAUUUUCUAGUGUAGGGGCCUCUCUGUUAUAGACAAUAUAACUCAAAUACGAACGUAUAAAACAAAAUAAAUAAAUUUAAC